UUUUCAAACCCAGAGACUGGAAGUUCAGUUUACUCUGUGGCUGGAAAGAAGCCCUACUCUGUCCUAUGACACGAGAGCAGUAUAUAUUAGCAACACAACAGAACAGCCUUCCAAGGACUGAACAUCCUCCGUUUUACCCAGUAGGGAUUUAUGGAUGGCGAAAGAGGUGCUUAUACUUCUUUGUCCUUCUGCUGUUGGUUACCAUGAUUGUUAAUUUAGCAAUGACAAUAUGGAUUUUGAAGGUUAUGAAUUUCACAGUGGAUGGAAUGGGAAAUUUGAGAGUCACUAAAAAAGGAAUACGACUUGAAGGAAUAUCUGAAUUUCUACUUCCACUAUAUGUGAAAGAAAUCCAUUCCCGAAAGGAUAGUCCACUGGUCUUACAGUCUGACAGAAAUGUAACAGUGAAUGCAAGAAAUCACAUGGGACAGUUAACUGGACAACUGACAGUAGGGGCUGAUGCUGUGGAAGCUCAGUGUAAGAGAUUUGAAGUGAGGGCAAGUGACAGUGGAAGAGUGUUGUUUUCUGCAGAUGAAGAUGAGAUUGUCAUUGGAGCUGACAGACUGAAAGUAACAGGCACGGAAGGGGCAGUGUUUGGGCACUCUGUGGAGACACCCCAUAUCAGAGCAGAACCUUCCCAAGACCUCAAACUUGAAUCUCCUACUAGGUCUUUGGUGAUGGAAGCACCCAGAGGAGUGCAAGUCAACGCAGCUGCAGGAGACUUAAAGGCUACCUGCAGGAAAGAACUGCACUUGCAGUCCACAGAAGGGGAGAUAUUUUUAGACGCAGAUACAAUCCGCCUGGGAAAUCUACCAGUGGGGUCCUUUUCAUCCUCCUCCUCCUUCUCCUCCUCCUCCUCACCCAGCUCUUCAGCUUCUCGCCAGACUAUCUAUGAGCUCUGCGCCUGUCCCAAUGGUAAACUCUACCUGUCCCCAGCAGGAGCAGGCUCCACAUGUCAAUCCAGUAGCAACAUCUGCCUGUGGAGCUAGAAGGACUCCGUUUUAUCCUCACACCAGAAUAGCCUUUGGUUACUAUCCCUCAGCUUCACAGUUCAGUUCGGUUUCCCUUGUGACAAGCCCGACACUCCGAGCGGCCUGCAGAGCAACUUCUUCCACUGUAAGCAGGAGUUCAGUGCUGCCUUCUCCUGGGGCUUGUGCUGCCACUCAGCACAGAGAUGGGAGAGAGAGAUCCACUCAACAAUGUGUUCUUCAUCAGGAAACCUAGAACAUAAGAUCACCUUAUUUUCCAAAAGGGACAAUAACACAGGUGCCUUUGCUACUUGAAGUGAAGCACAUAGUUUUAGAUUUUUGCAGGACCUGGAUAUGAACUGCACAUAAAUAUAUAUCUAGAGAGACAGAGAGAGAGUACAUUAAUUUACCCAGAAUUUGAUGGUGAGAUGAAUUGGUUCCCUCUGUAUGAUAAAUAACUUUACUGUCUGAAAGCACAAUUUUCCAUUCAUCUUUUUGGAAGUAAACUUUUAUCCCUGAAUUUUAAAAUUUUAAAGCAUUGUGUGAUGCUUGCUUUACUAAACAAAUUCAGUAAAUGGUUUUUAAUACAAAAAGAGACAGAAUUCCUCCCUGAGUUUGGUUUCUUUAAAAAUGUGUUGUUACUACUUGUCUAUUAAGUCUAGGGUUUUGUACACUAGGUAAAUUUUGGAGAUGCUCAGCAAUAUUCCUUUAAAAGUUUAAAAGAAAUGCUCUUGUUUGUCAGAUCUGAAUGACCUUAUAUAAUAUUUUCAAGGCCAUUGCAUGUGAAGCAAUUGCUUUAAGUAGAACACACAGUUUCUGGAAAAGAAGAACAGGGUAAAGAAGGAAAUUCUGAUGAUAUGUUUGUUGAUCAGUGUAUUGCUCUUCAAAAGGUUCUUUUAAUUGGCAAAUACAAAACCAAGGGAGAAAUCUUCAAAGGUACAUCUUGCCCAUUUUCUGACUCUGUCCAUCCGCUGCCACUUGAACACAGUACAAACAUUAGUAGUAAUAUAACAUGGUGCUGAGAAGCAGUGCACUAACAACUUGUAUGACAUUCACAUUUAUUAUUCUCUUUUGUUUACCAUCUGUUGCUGAGGUUUCAAAGUAAUAGAAGUACAUAUAAAACCACAUAUUAAACAACAUUCAGUAUUAAAAAGUAUGUCGAUACUUUAAAUUGCCUUUACCAGGUCUCUGUUUAAAUUAUGCAGCCAGAUUUGCACUCAGAUCUCACUACUGACUUUCUUUUUUGGCAAGUUUCAUGUGGGAUUUCUUUCUUUUAUCAAUGUUCAUACUUAUUUGGUUCAUUGUUAAUUGAAAUCUUAUAAAAAAUACUUUGGAAUGCUGCUGGUAAAUUUGUCACAGCAUUGAUUAACAAGAGUAUCUUGAAACUUGCAGAACCCAGGAAAGUAAAACAAUAUAAAAAUGUUUCCUAUUGUGGAAGAUGGCUUGAUUGUGUGAGGUAAGUGUGCUCUUUAAUUCUACUAUUUAAAUUACAUCACCUUGUUUGUAUUUUUAGAGGCUUCUGAAUCUAAGGUCACCAAUGAAAUGAGAGCUUUUGCAAAGUAAUUCUAAAGCCAGGGGAGAUGGUGCAAGGUGGGUAUUUCUACACACUUUAAAAAAAUAUAUAUUUUUAGAGGAAAAAAAAAAGAAAAUGAGCAAACUAGCACGGUGAUUGCCUUGGCAUCUUAUUACCACCUAAUAAGAUUGACUUUGUUUUCACUUCAGGGGAAAUUCACUCCUGUGCAGAAGACCAGCACAAGACAUGUCAAUGGCUUGACUGGUGCUUGCCUUAUCGUUGACCCUCUUCAGAGGUGUGAAUUUUACCCCAUAGCAAGAAGUCUGUAUUUGCUGGUUUUAACAGUUAAAUGAAGAUUUUGAAUUGAUUAUUCUAUGUCUUCAAAAGAAGGCUGUUAACAGCUGAGUUGUUGUCUAUUUGAGAGUUUGCUUCUUUGGAGGAAAUUAUACUAGAAAAUAUUGCAAGGAAAUAUAUUAGAACAUGAGGAUUUUUCAGAUAGUAAGAGGGGCAAAAAGAGUUACAGAUGACAAAGAAGGUGACAAUAGAACAUGAAAACGUGUAGCCAUAAAAUACACUCAUAACUGUAGGGAUAUGGAUGUCUUUUUCUUAUGCACACAAGUAAUAGUAUGGUGGAGAGACAGUCAUGAAUUUCAGGAGGAAAAGUAAAAAGAUAUGUAUGGGGACACAUCUAUGUGUAUUCAUUAUCUGUGCACACCUACAUACACCUGUUGCUUAAAAGAUGAACAAAUAUAGUGACUAAUACAUUAGGUGACUUAGUGUGGGGCUUCCUACAAAUUGUAUACAGGUAAGCUAAGGAGUUUUUUUCUCCUCAAAUAAACCUGUAAGAUGACUUGCAGAUACUUUGUCAUGAAUUUUCCCCUGAAUAAUUUCUAUUUGUUCUUCACCUUUGGAGAUUAUUUGCCUGCUUUUUGUUCACUGGAUGGAAGGAACCAACCUUAAUAAAUUUUAUGCCAACUUGGUUGGGAAUGGGCAGGGAGGAAGAAAACCCUUUUGUUACUAGAUUAAUUUUAACAGCAAGAUUGAAAUAAUCUGCCACUUUGUGUGAAGAGAACUCAGAAGAGAUAUGUGGGUAGUACACAGGACUCCAAAAAAACCAACCCAGUAAGUCCACGUGGCUCUGCACUGUCAGGAUAUUCUUUAUUGGAGUCUCAUCAGUAUGAACUAGAGCAUAUUUAAGAGCUUCAACAACCUAUGAGAUGGAAUAACAAGUUCUCAUAGAGUCUUAAUAUUCUGGUGAAUUUCAUAAUAUUGAUGUCUUUCUUUAAAUCCAUUGAAAACUGUAAGAAAGGAAGAAAAAUAUUUGUAUUUUAAAAAGUAUUUCUAGCCCACAUGAUUUCAAGGAGUAUUCCUAAAGUGAUUUCAAUGCAUUGACCAUAAUAAAAAAUUAAGAUGCCAUCCUGAUGACAGCAACAAAAUAUCGGCAAAGAACUUAUUGGCUACAUGUGUUUAAUAUAUACAAUGGAUUUAUCUCCUGUUAAAAAACCAUUUAUGUCAUAUUAUAGGAUGCUGUCUCUUUCUUGUUAAAAAAAAAGAAGAAAAAAGAAGAGAUAAGUAAAAGCAUUAGCCAACCUCUCUGAGCACUGUCAGCUGUAUGGUUUGUAUUGCAGUUCAUUCAUCGGUUAAGUGUUAAGACCAAAGACAGACACUUCUAUUAUAUCCAACAUUAUGACACUGCUGUUUCUACUAAUUCUGUUGGAAUGAAGAGAUGAAAAGUUGUAAUUACAACAUGAAAUGUAACAUAGUUUAGAUUUGUGCAGCAUUUUGAGCUGUAGAUUUUCACUUUUUUCCAGGGUUUAAAUUUUUUGUCAGUGUUUUGCAAUUACAUUACUAUUCAUGCAUAUGGGGGGUCUUUUGGUGUUCCUAAGAAAACAUACCAAGACAUUGUUUCUUUGAAAUGAAUUAUACUGAUUUGCUUGCAAAAUUGGCUUGACUGGAUAAAAUAAUUCACUUUCAAGCAUAUUAGAUGCAGAGGGUUAUUAAGUCUGGAAGGCAGAGCCAUAAAUGUCUAGAAGGAUUUAAUGAAGGAUGUUUGAAAUAUUUGGUUGCUAACAUAAUGUACCUUUUAGCGGGAUUUUGUUUUAUUUGGUUGUUUUGCUUUGGUUUUAGAUUCUAAAUAAGUGCUAAAUAAAAAACAAAUUAAAAACCCACAAACUUUGGACUAUGGACUUGUUAUCAGCUGAUUCACUGUAAUGCACAUGAAAGCUGGAUCAAAAUUUGUGUUGUGUUGUAUUGUUCCAAACACUACUCAUAAAGGUCUGCUAACCAUUUUUGCUUUGUAACCUUCAUGUUAAUGGUUUUCUUGUAUAUAGAAGUAUAUAUAAAAAGAUGGGAACUAUUUUCUUACACAUACUAUGCAAUAUGUUUGUAGAACUGCAAUAUUACCAAAAUUACAAAAGCUGUGCUUUUGUACUCUCUUGCUUUAUGUAAAUCAAAUCUUUUUUCUAUUUAAUGGACUGUCUGUCUUAAAAUUGUGGAUAACAUUAUUCAAAAGCAGUACUCUGAAUAUUUUAAGAUUUUUCUUUUAUUUACCUUUGAUUUUUUUAAUGAAAAUAAUAGCAAGGUUUUGGAAGUUGGAAAUUGUUUUUUCUUGGAAAGCUAGAACUUUUUUAGCAUGUAAUUAACACUCAGUUUAAAAUGUCUCCUGUACUUCUUUCAUUUGGUCCUAGCAUUUCCAUCUGGUGCUACCACUGAACUAUAAAUAAAUCUGAUACAUUAAAUAGGAAACAUAUCAGAACUAAUUUCAAGAAUAAUCAAACAGGAAUCCUGCUAAGGAUGAGAAGAACAUGUAGAAUGGCUGAUGAGAAACUUAGAUUUUCUGGGGUUUUUUGAUAGAUUUUGUUUUUGUUAGUUUGUGUUUCCUUACCUCCAUCUACAUUAGCAGCAUGGUAAUAGCUUUAAUUUGUUUUUCAAUUGUUUUGUCCUCAUGCACAGACUAUAGUACAGUUUUAUUUCAAACAUUUUUUGAAAACAACAGACACUGCAUUUAAAUGCAGUACUUAUGUUAAGAAAACCCAAUUUUAAAGAAGUGUAGGCUUUAUUUCUACAGCAGCAUUAGUAAAGUUUAAAUUACGGUGCUGCUAUAUCAUCUACCAUAAAAGCAUAUUACACUUCUCAAGUUCCUUUGUAUCUUGCCAGAAUAAACUUAAACUGCAUAUUCAUGUUUAAACUGCAUGUGUUUACAAGCCACUAGAGAAUUACAGAGUUAUGUAAAAGGUUUUGUGGCGGUGUCAUCAAUGCAGACAAAUGUUCUCUGUGCUUACCCUGGGCAGUGUCAGUGCUGGUAACAGCACAGCCCUGCACAGGGCUCGGACAAAAACCAAGGUGAGCAUUUAGUGGUCUGUUUACACUGAGCUCCUUGAUGCCAUAUUAUGAUUUCAUCAAUAUCCAGACAGCAACUAGCUUCACAGUUCCUAAAAAAUCAGAAAUUUCUGUUCACAGCAGCAGUUGUAUUGAACUCUCAGUAAUAUAGACUGGUAAGUCUCAAGUGACUAAAACAUGAUAGCUGAUACAGCAAGAAAAAAAUAUUCUGAGCCAUUUUACUCAGGGUUGGAGUAGUCCAGCCUGUGGAAACCACUGCCAGUAAAAGAGAAAUAGAAAAUAAGUGAAAAAAAUUCCACCAUAUGCAUUGUGCUGAUUCAACACAGCCCACACUGGGACUAGAAUUUAAUACAAGCUCUCUAUUUAAAAUAUAGCUAUGUCUCCUCUGAAACAUUGAACUGAGCUUCAGAUUAUGUUGUUUGAAUUUGAAAGUAUUAUUUGAUGUUUCAGCAAUACAAGCCAGGACAGGAAUAGUUCCAGAAGAGCUGAGGUAAAAUCUUAUACUGUAUAUCCAGUCUGAUCAGAGUACAUUAACCUCAGUAAAAUCUCACAUGCUUAACUAAGAAAAAAAAAAUUAAAAAUUGAAAUUUGACUGUUCUGCUGAGUUUUGGGAAAACUUUAAGUAGAUUUCACCUUUUUAAGGAGUGUCCAGCUCUAGAAGUGUCUUCAAUUCUGACAUGUUUAAGCAGUGACAGCAAUUUAUAUUAAAAAAUUGGGCCUUGGGGCUAUCCAGCUUCAUUUAAUGCAUGACUUGAUCUGAGAAGUAAAAGUUGCUUUUAGUUGCAUGUAUGGCUCCUAACUGUUUGAGAGACCCACAAGGGAGAAGUUGAGCUUUCAGCAUCACCCAGAGCACAAUGCAAAGUACAAUUUAAGCAUAAGAGAUGCAUUACUGAAGGCAAGAUGUAUUGUUUUCUGUGCUUUAUGAUAUUUUGAGAACUUGCAUACAGUCGUUUUUUUAUCACUGAGAGAUCUGCAUUCUAGCAAAACAACUUAUUUCUAAGUGUAUAUUUCAGAAGAUAAAUUGUUUUCUUUCUAGGGGAUGUUUACUCAGUUUUCUUGUCCUGAACACUGCAACAGUUAGUAAGUCAAAUCCUCCUUCUUAACUCCCACCCACUCUUAACUCUUCAGCUGAGCUUCAAUUGUCCCCUUAAGCAUCCUCCUUUCUUCACAAAUAACAAAAAUAUAGGCAACAAAAAGCAUUUUGCUGUCUCUAUUAGGAUGCUUCCUGUGUGACUUACUUAAACUGUGUCAAGGGGAAGCUUAUUUGCUUUGUGAUAGCAGAAGUUAUAUAAGAAGGAAAACACACAUAGGUAAAUAUCAUUUUUAGUCUAUCUUACUAGAAUGAAACUUCUAGAGUGAAAGAUUUUAUACUAUAGACUCCUUGACAACUUUUGAUUUCUCAGAUGUUUUGUCAUUCGGUUAAUGUAUUUAAAAUACCAUAAAAUAAAAAUGCAAAUUAUCCAGUCCUGUUACAUCUUUUUUUUUAAUAGGAAAGGAAUCCCUGCACUCAUUAUUUGUCUCUCUCUACCAAUGAACUUAUUUAUUUCUACGAAUCUGAAAGGAAAAAACAGAGCUAAAAUGUUAAAUAUUAUAAAGAUAGCUAUUUAAAACCCCUAUUAACAACAGAAUAUUGUUCCUUUUAGUUCAUGACUUACAUUCUCAUUCACCCUUGGUAAAUUAAUGCUCUGAUUUCUUAUGCAGUGGCAAGCCUUUCUGUUGUUUUGUGUGAUCUCUGGAAGGUAAGAAACCUUUAGUGAUAACGGAAAUAGAAUAACUACACAAUAUUAAAAGAAAUAUCUGUAAUAAUAUUCCCCAUGUUACCAUGGAACCCAACAAGAUAUGGGGGCAUUUACUCAUGUUGGGGAAAAGGGUCAUCUAAAGUAUUUAAAUAUUGUGAAGAAAACAGGCAGGAUGCUUUCAGCUCCAUGCUCCCCAGGAUGCUUCGAGAGACAGACAGAGGGAGUGGUUUCCUUGAUCUGCACAGGGAUGUGUAGGACAGUGAUGCACAGGCAGGAAAUCUAAAUUGUGUCCCAACAGUAGAAACAGUCGGAAGACUUCUCCCUAAGCCUCAGAGAAAUGGAAAGAAACUCAGGUGAAGAUGUAUCAUAGAUUCCUAGAAUGGUUUGGGCUGAAAGGAACCUUAAAAAGCAUCUAGAUUCAGCUCUGCUGCCCUGGUCACCGCCACCUUUCACUGAACCAGCUUUCUCAAAGCCCCAUACCCAGCCUGACCUUGAACAUUUCCAGGGACAUCCACAACUUCUCUGAGAAAUCUGUGCCAGUGCCCCACCAGUCUAAACCUAACCUCAUUAAAUUUAAAGCCAGUAACCCUUGUACUGGCACUACAUGCCCCUGUAAAAGGUCUGUAGUUUUGCCCUUGUAAAAAGUCCAGUUUUCUUGUGGGCCACCUUUAAGUACUGCACUAAGGUCUCCCUGGAGCCUUCUCUUCUCCAGGCUGUACAGCCCCAGUUCUCUCAGUGUUUUCUCAUAGAAGAGAUGUUCCAUGCUUGUAAUAAUUUUUGUGGCCCUCCUUUGGAACUCACCCCAACAGGUCCGCGAAUCAUUUUUGUAUCUUUAUAUCCUUGAAAUUUUCUUUAUCCUUUAUUUUCUUUGCUCUUUCAAAAACCAGCAUCAGGAAGGCGAAAAGCAGUGUAACCUAGGUAUAAAUUUUGUGCUUCUCAAAGAGAAGGUGACGCUGAACUCUCUGUCUGAAUAUGUACCUCUGUUUAUGGGAGAAAGAGGUGAAAAUGGGCCAGUACAGUAGGGUGGAUUCAAACUCCAGUAAAGUCAAUAGGAAAUAAUGACAAACUCUGUGUCUCUGGUUUUUUUUGGUUAAGUUUUAAAUUUUCAUUAAAUCUUUGUCAAAAAAAAAAAAAAUUUCAUACUCUAUGACUUUUUAUAGUACAUAUCUAAAAUGCAUCAUUAACAUUUGUGUAAUUUUUCCUAUUCAAAUUGUUCCAGCUUCUAACUGCCAGUAUCACUUUGACUCCCCCACAAGGAAUCUCUAAAUAAUUGUUCAGUCUUCAGUCAUUUGUCAAAACCAAAUUUAAAAAUUACUAGAUGUCCAAAAUGAAUCAUUAAAAAAUGGUAAAAAAUCUACUGCUACUGGCUUUUCAUAUUUUGGCUCAGUGUUUUCCUUCCAGUGGAGGAGUUGCCCUGUUUCUGGAAGCAAUAGAUUUGAUAUUCCUGGCCUUCCCACUCACUUUUAAAGAGUCUCUGCAGACCAUGCUGCUUCCCUUCCCUUUUGCAAAGGAGAGGAAAUAGAAAAAUUAAUUCUUUCCAUUGGGUUUUGGCAUGAUUUUUGUUGCGUGGUCUAUCUUUACACUUACCUUAAUCCCUGUUUUUAGUGAUAAAGGGAAGAGAAACAUAUGAUGGCAUCUACCAAGGUUGGAAUAUUAAUUGCAGCAUGGGGUUGGUUAUUGAUCAAGAUAAUAAUUACUGGUAUGGUAGAGCAAAAGGCAGGAGGAGAAGGGGAGCAUACAAAGAAAGAGCAUGGAAGGAGAAUAAAGGCAUGGGAAAAGAGACAAAGAGUGGUAUUAGAACAGGUUUACUGUUUAAAGGGGAAGAAAAUCCUAAAUAAAUGUUAAAAUUUCUCUUUACCUCUCUGACCUUGUCAAAUAUAUCAUGCCAAAGUGCAGAAAGCAGAGGAAAGCUCCAGGAUAGCAUUGAUUCAGAAGUCCUUUUCAAGACCAGAAAUGUACUAUUCAUAGCAACAAGACAGUAAGAACAACAUCAGAAAAUUUCUGUUGCUUCUCUGGCCUCUCUGUGAAGAUAGGCACAGAUGUGGAAGCUAUAAGCUAUGGAAACUUUAUAGAAAAGAGAAAGUUUUAUGUACAAAAAUACAGUUCUGGAAGAAGUCACUGAGGCUUACAUUAGGCUACAGCAGUGUAAAUGGAAAAUAGCUGGAACAAGAAUUAGAAAAUGGAGAAUAGUCUAUAGGUUGGUGAGGUUUUGUUUGUUUCUUUGAUUUGAGUUUUUUUUAGAAGAGGGAAUCUGGACUGUAAGGUAUUUUCUUAUUUCCUUAUUUCUCUUUCCUUUUGUUCUAUUUGGUUUUCCCAGCAGCAUCUGUAAACAAAGAGACUUGUGCUGUGAUCUCACAGCAGUCAAGAGAUGUGUGUGCACACACAGACACACACGCAUACACACACGCACACACAUAUAUAUGUAUGAAUGAAAGAAUGAUUAAGAAAGCAGUUCUACUUACAAACAUUUUGGAAACAGCAGUUUUCUUGUUUCAUGAAAGGUUGAUCCAUCAGCCAAAGAAUGGGAGUGAUGACAGCACACAUCUGUGUUCAGUUUUUUUAAGCACAUUUAUCUCUACUCACAUCACAUUACACAGUUUUCAAGCCCAGAUGAGUCCUCUUAAAUUACCAUCUAAAGAAAUAUUUUAUGUCUCUACAUAUGAAUUAAUUCACAUGCAGGGCAAAUUAUUCAUAAAGGCAUUUAUUCUCUAUGAUGACUAUUGCCACCUCAUCUUCAAAUUUCCUGGCAUAAACUACUGGACUCUAGAGAACCUCCUAAAAUUCUGAUCUUAAACUCUUGGUACUCCAGUUGUUACUUUGGGAAAGUCUAGGACACCAUGCCAGUCAAUUUUAUGGUGCUGUGAUAAUAAACAUCUAUUCUCAUGCACGUUUAGCAUACAUUUGUGAGCGAGUCACCACAGGCUUAAGCAGAUUCCUGAAGCUGCUUCUAAAAUUAUUUGUUUAUUUACCUCCAGUUUCCAAAAUCUUGCAUGGCAUUAAUAUAAUGUGUUUUUUUACCUUUUUCUUUAACCAUAGUACAUAAUGUACUUUUGAGAGAUUUAAAUUAUAUACCUAAACAACAAAACUUUAUUAGUGGCCAUAUGUUCCUGAGAACUGAAAGGGAAAAAUACAUUUAAAUCAUAUUAUCUCACAUUUUACAGAACAGUGGAAUUUCUGUUGUUUUAGGUGAUUUUCCUGUCUAUUUUUAUCAAAUCUAACAAGCAAACAUUUAAUUAAAUUUGACACUGUACAGUUUGCCUAAGAAAUAUCAGUUCAGUUAGACUAUUGUGUGACAAAGUAUUAACAUUCCAAAAAAACAAUUCUAAAUGGUGUAUUAUUCCCUUUUAGAAGUAACAAUGUAUUAUCAUGUUGUGAAGUACCACAAAUUAAAUUAUACUAAUUUUUAGAUAAAUGUAAAUAAAGUUCUUUAGUAGAAAAUUCUAUGAAA